AAAACAUAAUUUGGUAACAAGACUUAAAGUUGCAUGGAACAAAGCUAACCUGAUUUCUCAAAAUAGAGCAAGUAAAUUUAUAAAACAAAAGUUUAAUUUAAUUAUUGACAAACUAUUUGAUUUGGUGGAGUGUAACUGUAAAAUAUCUCUUUGUUCUGAGCAAUGCUGUUCUACUGACUGUAAAGUUGGUGCCCACAUUACCUGCAUAUGUCCUAGGGAGAGAAAAAUACCAAUAAAUGAACUGGUUUAUAUUUAAGCCCAACAAGAAAAGAUUGGAUCUUUAAGUUCAUAUCAAUUUGGGCCUGCUGAUUUGAUGGAGUCCAAAAAGUUCAAAAAAGUACAAAGUUGCAAACGAAGAAGAGAAGAAGAAAAACAAAUGAGAGAGAAAAACACACUAAUCAAAAAGAAAAUAAUACGCAAUACGAACAAGAUAACGAACAUGAAAAUUAUGAAGAGAAAUCUAAUGAAAAUGAGAUUUUUUUCUAUUCAAAAGCCUUGUACAAAAUAUUUAAAAAAAUCUAGAAAUCAUGAAGAUCUCUAUCUCUAAUAUUGCAUUGGCCAGUAAUCGAUAUGGUGUUGGUUUAAGAGCAACUGCAGCCAUAGCUACUACAGCAUGGGUAGAUGGAGGACUUGUAUCCCAAAGUGACACUAGUUUAAUAAUAGAUCACAGUAAAGUUCGGAGAGCUAGGGAUAAAGUCAUGAAUGAAGUUGCUGUUCAGUUUGAUGAUUAUUGUAAUAAAGAGAUUAUUGACUGCAUAUUUUUUGAUGGGCGAAAAGAUCUUACUAAAGUAUUUUUAACUGUAGAUGGAUCAGACAGACAGUAUCCAGCUAAAGUAAAAGAAGAACAUUACACUGUUUGUUCUGGUGAUGGCAAGUAUUUAUUUCAUUUCACUCCAGCUAAAGAAGCAAAAAAGAACCAUGCUGAAAUUAUAGCAGAUAAGAUUAUUGAGUAUACUGCAAUGAGAAACAUUAGUACACACUUAAAAGCAAUUGGCAGAGGCUCUACCAAUGUAAACACUGGUUGGGAUGGAGGAGUAAUGCACUUUAUGGAGCUGAAAUUAGGGCAAAAGUUAAAUUGGAUUGUCUGCGCUCUACAUACCAAUGAAUUACCACUCAAACGUUUAAUUAAAUUGUUAGACGGAGAAUCUAAAAGCGGUACAAAAUAGAGUGGACCCAUUGGAAGCUUACUUGAUGAAGCAACCAAUCUUGAAAUUAACCCUUUUUUUAGUAGAGUGGAAACUUGUGAGCCUCUAAUUAACUUGAGUAAUGAUGUGGUUAAAGACCUUUCAACAGAUCAGUAUUAUGGCUAUCAAAUAGUUAAAGCUAUACGCAGUGGUCAUGUUCCUCAGCAACUAGGACUUCUGGAAAUGGGCUCUGUUAACAUGGCCAGAUGGCUAACAACAGCCAAUAGAAUAUGUAGAAUUUGGGUCUCUCAUCAUGGUGAUGAGAGACCCAAAUUCUACAUAUGGUCUGGUAUAUGGUACAUGGUCUCUCUUCAAGGCGAUGCAGCCCAAAACCUUCUUAAACUAGUCGAGUUUAUUGUAGGAGUGUACUUUCCUGUCUGGUUUAACAUCAAAGUUAAAUAUAGUUGGACAGAAGGACCAAAACAUGUUCUUUACCAGCUUAAGUUGCUUCAACACCAGUCACUCGAUAUUCAAAAUAUGGUCAUUCCAACUAUUAGGCGAUCUGCUUGGUAUGUCUUCUCUGAAUCUAUUCUUCAAACUAUGCUUUGUUCUGAAAAUAAAGAGGAGAGAGAUUUCAGUGUAAACAAAAUUCUUGAAAUAAGAGGUGAUGAAAAUGUACAACUUGGAGAUCUAUCUGUUAGACCAAGAAGGACACCAGAUAUCAAUACUAAAGCAAUUUGUCUCAAGGACCUUAUUGAUUGGAAUGAAGCUUUUGAACCACCUUUGACUUGUUGCAUGACAACUAAAGACAUCAAAGAGUAUUUUUUUAAACCAAUGAUUGUAUCAAACUGGUGUUGCCACACUCAAGCUGUCGAAAGAUGUGUAAAAAAAGUUACCCAGGCUUGCAAAAAUGUUUUUACAGAAAAUAAAAGAGAUGGUUGGAUUAAAGGACAAGAGUUGUCACAGAAGUCGAUGUCACGAAAUCUAUCUAAACAAAACCUUAUUGGCUUGACAAUGUUUAAGAACUAAUCUUUAUUCUACUUUAUUUUAAUGUGCCAGUAGAUGUUUUGUGGAUUUAUAUAAAAGUUUUAUUUUUAAUUCCAAAACAACCUAAUUUUACAGUUUUAGUGGGAGGGGGGC